AAAGUUGACUUUGAUAUUCGGCUUAUCUGGUUUAUCGUGAUUGAAACUGAUAGAAAUUAUCGGAUUACGCUAUUUAAUGCACUAGAAUUUGAUCUCAAGAUCCGCUUACUGUACUAAAUUUAAUUAUUGUGCAUUUGUAUAAUUGGGACUGAUGCAAGUACCUACACAAAUAUUUAUAUAAAAAUAAAUUGAAACAGAAAACUCACUUGGUGCCUAAAUAUGGCUUCCCAUACAACUAGUAUAUUGAGCAAUGUGUUAAAUCCUUUGUUCCCAUUCAAAAUGCUGUUAAGAGGUUAUUCUCUAUGUGUAUUGAUGGUGGAUACAGUAUGGGUCAUCAUUAAUGCAAUUUAUGCUGUGAUGCAAGCAGUUUAUGAAGUCUUCAGACCUCCGCCAAUGAAAUCUGUAGAGAACGAAACAGCCCUGGUUGUUGGCUCAGGAAGAGGGGUGGGACGUGAAAUAGCAAUACAGCUAGCAUACCUUGGCGCAAGAGUGGUUUGCGUAGACCAUAACGAAUGCAAUAACAACAAAACUGUUGCAUACAUUAAACGUAAAAGUGGUUCAGCACUUAGCUAUACCUGUGACAUCACAAAGAAGGAAAAUGUAGAUAAUUUAGCUGAGCAGAUAAAACAUGAAGUUGGUUUUGUCAGUAUGGUUUUCUAUUGCUGUGGAAUUCCAAGCCCCAGAUCCUUAAUGACUCAGCCUCCCCAAGACAUACAUGAUACGUUGGAUCUUACUUUGACUUCUUACUUUUGGAUAAUAGACAACUUUAUGCCAGAAAUGAAAGCACGGAACCAUGGACAUAUAGUAGCCCUAACCUCAGUGGCCGGUCUCAGCUACAUCAAACACCAGAUGCCCCUGAGCGUAGCUCAAUUUGCUGUCCAGGGCUUGGCUGAAUCUCUAAUGGAAGAUCUGAGGAUUAAUAAGAUAAAUGGUGUUCACGUGACACUGACUCACAUCUACCCAUUUAUUGUCGAAGAUAGUUCGGAAUUGAGGAUGAAAAUCCCAAGCUACUUCGGCACAAUAACACCUUCAAAGGCUGCUAACUCCAUACUAGAGAGUGUGCUUCGCAACUAUCCAGAAGCAUCGGUUCCCAAGCACUUUCUAUUCCUAGGCCACCUUUUGCGUAUACUGCCGAGGAAAGCUACAGUACUUGUCAGAGAUCUCUUAGACACAGGCGUAGAUUUCGCAUGAUAUAUAAAUAAAUUAUUAUUUGCGGGGUCCUGGGUUCGAAUCCCGGGUCAGGCCGAAAAUUGGCAGGUAUUUUCCAAAAGCGGUGAUAGCCUAGCGGUUAGGACUCCAGCUUCAACUUCGGGGGGCCCAGUUUGAAUCCCAGCACUCACCUAUAGCUUUUCUAAGCUAUUUGCAUUUUUUAGCAAUUAAAAUAUCACUUGCUAUAACAGUGAAGGAAAAACAUCGUGAGGAAACCUAAAUUCCCGGGAGUUCAAGAUAAUGUUCCGAAGGCUUGUGAAGCCCACUAAUUUGCAUUAAGCGAGCGUGGUGGACUCCGGCUUAUACACUUCUCAUUGUGGGAGGAGACCCGUGCCCUGUAGUGGGCCGGUUGAAAUUAUGGUGAUGUGUAUUUUCUGUUAAAGAAUUUUCAGUACCAGUCCAGAGUUAGGAAAUAUCAGAGUCCGCUCCUCGGAGAGCAUGCUGAACCGUUGGUUAUUAUCAUUUGUGAUAAUAGUCUUAAAGUCCACAAAUCUGCAUUGGAUUUUAGCUCCUUUUUUCCUAUGAGAGUAGCCCUGCAUUAAUCAUCAUCGAUAAAUCAAAAUUGCUCAUAAUAUGCCUCAAUUAAACUAUAAACUGCCUUAUUUAUUAUAACACUUAUAUUAACUAAAUAUAAGAAAAUAUUUUAGUACAAGAUUUUAUUAUGUUAAUUUAUUUUAAGCUAGUUGUGUUACAUUGUUGUGCGAAAGUAUAUUUGGCCGUCAUAUAUAAUCCUUUUUUUACAACUUAUUCUUGGUAUAACAUGUAAAUUUUGCUUUACAAAGUGUUUUUCGUAGAUAAUUUAACAAAAAAAAAAACAUUGUAUGAUAAAAACAAAAGUCACAUUGAAUAGCAAAGUUACCUCAUUUGUUUGUAUAUGUAAUAAUAAAGCUUUAAA